AAAGCAUCUUCUUCUACGGAGUACAUAGUCCACUCCUCUUGCCACCACUCUCUCCGCCCACAGCAGAAACGACGCAUUUAUUGAUUCAAUCCUUCAGCAGAUCUCAGAAACUGCUACUUUUGUGAACAUACACACCAACACACACCUCUCACACUCCAUUUCGAAAACCGUCUACCAGCCUAUCAUUCAGCCAUGGCCAACUACCUAGCCUCCAUCUUCGGCACGGAGCAAGACAAGGUCAACUGCUCGUUCUACUACAAGAUCGGCGCGUGCCGGCACGGCGACCGGUGCUCGCGAAAACACGUCAAACCCUCAUACUCGCAGACGAUCCUCAUGCCGAACCUGUACCAGAACCCGGCGUACGACCCGAAGAACAAGAUGAACCCGUCACAGCUCCAGAACCACUUUGACGCCUUCUACGAGGACCUGUGGUGCGAGAUGUGCAAGUACGGCGAGAUCGAGGAGGUGGUCGUGUGCGACAACAACAACGACCACCUGAUCGGCAACGUCUACGCCCGCUUCAAGUACGAGGACAGCGCCCAGGCCGCCUGCGACGCCCUCAACGGCCGGUGGUACGCCGCGCGCCCCGUCUACUGCGAACUCAGCCCCGUCACCGACUUUAGAGAGGCUUGCUGUAGACUCAACUCCGGCGAGGGAUGCGUCAGAGGAGGGUUUUGCAACUUCAUCCACCGUAAAGAACCUAGCGCCGAACUCGACCGAGAACUCGAACUCAGCACCAAGAAAUGGUUGAAGGAGAGAGGUCGGGACGAACGAAGCGUCACCAGAAGCCCGUCCCCGGAACCCACGAGGAAGAGAUAUUGAGUGCCCGCGGUCAGCCCGAAAAAAAAAACCCAUUGGUAUGGAUAGGACUUCAGAGCGAGAGGAAGAAAAAUAAAAUUGGUCUCUGUGAUACUCGAAAGGUCAGGACUCUCGACUAGAGAUACAGCCUCACAACAACUUCUCGAAAGAUGCGUACCACUCAACUAUCUAAAUACCCUGCGCGGGAACGGGAUCGAAUACGGAUGGAACGCGACCUCUCAAGAAGAUCAAAAGGAUAAGAAUCCUGCGUAUUCGGUCCGACGUGAAAAGUUGUUUUCUGAAGUUUUGUUCUCCGGCAACUAAAGGCAUCGCGCAUCUGAAGAGUGGGCAAAACUCACAGGAUGUGAAGACAUCAGUGGCCACCUUAACCUGGGGUGGGUUGAUCAACUUGUGCGCACCGAUCCCAGUCCCGAAGAUCCAAGGGACUCGCACGUGAGAACACGCAACACGUGGCAAGUCUGUGGUAUUGUCAAGUGUACUUCGUGUUUUGCACGUUGGCCACAACAUGAGGUCUCCUUAUCACCUGAGAUUUGAGAUGGGGAUGCCCUGCCCCGUCCGAUAGGGACAUCAUUCGAUUCGCUUGUAGGCAAGAGAUUUAGAUAGCACUUGAGAAUGCAUCUUGAUCAAUCCUAUCUCUUUCACUAUUAGUUUCUUUUCAAAACCCGAGCAUUAGGUUGUCUAUAGCACCCAAGGGGACCGAGAUAAUAUUUG